AUGGGUGGAGUUUGCAACGGGACCGGCGGGGGCCUCGGAGGCGGCAUAGUCCAUGUGGAGACAUCCAAAGCACACAGCUGGACUUGCAUAGAUCUGUAUGUAUUUGCAACACCGUACAGAGUUACAUGGGACUACUACUUUUUGGGGCGAGAGCACACUCUUGAUUUCGAAGAAUGGGAAAGUGAGGCUGAGUAUGAAUAUGUGAAACGUAAUGGUGUGUCCAUUUUCCUCAUGCCAUCUGGAACAAUUGGCACACUUCGAGCACUUUGGGAGGUCUUCCCUCUGUUCACAAAUACUGCGUGGGGUGAGAAUGCGAAUCUUGCUUUUCUCGAGAAGCAUAUGGGUGCCACCUUUGAGGAACGGCCGAAACCUUGGGUCUCAGAGUUAAAUCCUGAUGAUAUCCACUCUGGAGAUUUCUUGGUUUUAUCGAAGAUCCGUGGGCGUUGGGGUGGUUUUGAAACACUGGAGAAGUGGGUUACUGGCGCUUAUGCAGGCCAUACUGCGGUUUGCCUUAGGGACUCUGAUGGAAAGCUUUGA